AUUUGUUUUGAAACCAGUUUUCGAACCUGAAAUCAUGAAAAAAUUAUUAAAAUUUAAUUUUUAAUGGAAAAAUGGAGCCAAUUAAACUUACUUUCAUCAGAGGAAGAGUCUUUUGCUUCAACGGAGAAGAUUACUUCAAAAUUCGCUACGAGCAUCGUGUAAUUGGCAGUUUAAUUGGUCCCGGAAUCGGAAAUCUUGGCAAUCGUGAUUACAAAAGUCUUCCAGCGACAUUUACAGAUGUUGAAGCUCAAUUUUUAGUUGAUAAAAAAUUCGUUGUUAUUGUUGAAAAAGACUUGAAAUCGCCUCCGGAUGAAGAAACGAAGAAAAAAUUUCACGAAGAUUUUCAGAGACAAGCUUCUGAAAUGAAAUCCUUCGAAAAUGACAAAGCCAUGACAAUUUUUAAAGAGAAUGUGCAGAAAAUCUAUGAAGGACAAGCCAAAUCAAGUCUUCGUAAAAGACAAAAAAAUGAGGAAUUUAAAAAGAAGUCGAUUGAAGAGCUCAUUUCUGAUCACGAAACGAAAUUAGCAAAUGCUCCGUUGAGAAAUCGACUUGUUCAUGUGCCAACAUCGCAUCCUUUUCCCGUUUCAGAGACGUUAAAAGAGCGAAUUCAAGUGAAAAAUGAAUUUAAAUUGAAAGUUUAUCACGAUUUAUGGGAACGCGGGCAUACAAUUACUUGCGGCGAGACAUUUUCCGGAGAUUUUUUGUGUUAUCCAGGGGAUCCUUUGCAUUUUCAUGCUUCUCAUAUCGUUACAAUUGUCGAUAGGGAGUUAUCUGAACCUGAAAUGGUUGUUCACGGAAGAACUUCAGUGUCUGUGAAGAAAGGUUGUCUACUUGCCUAUCCCGAAAAUGAUGGAAAAAUCAAAUAUCGAACACUAAAAUGGGUCAAUCCAGUUGCGAAUGACAUGGAAAUCGAUGAAAAUUAAGAAAAAAAUGUUUUUUAUUAAUUAAUUUUACGUAAAGAGUGCUUUGGUUGAAAAUGUUUUAAGUCAAAAGAAAAUUAAAUUCUUUAAAAUAAUUCGAAUUUUAGAUGAUUUUUGGCUUAGAGCAAAAAUUAGAGAUGAAUAAAUUUAUUUACUUUUUCUUAAGUCAAAAU